CUUACUCAUCUCUACAUAAAGUAGCUCUCUCUAUGAUUUUCAGCUGUGACUAGAGCUAUGCAGUGCAGAAUUAUCGUAGCUAGCAGCGCCAUUUGUCACAAUUGAAAAAGGGUGGGGCUGCUGCAUACUUACAGAGCAUGCGCAAAACAGCAAUAAUUAUUGUAGCUGGUUAUGGUUGUAUGGUGUGUCUUUGUUCAAGUUUAAGUAUUCAGCCAUCAUGGUCAAUGAAGCAGAUAUCAAGAGUGAAUACAAAACACUGGAGGAGGAAGCAGAGAGUAUAGUCAUUGUGGAUUACAAGUUGAUUGGUUUUGAGUAUGGUGCUCCUGUGGCAGUGUCCUGUCUGAGCAACUAUAGGGACAGGUUGCUCAUGGCAGCGGCAUGCUGCUGCUGCUGUGGACUGGCAGCUGUUAAAUGCUCCAACGAUGUCAACUCCAAGCUAAGAGUUGGGGACAUGGAAGGAGCGAGGAAAGCUUCUGACAAGGCACUCUGUUUCACCAACACUGCUGUGAUGACUGGCCUAUAGGCAUUCAAACCGCCAUUAUGUGGCUAUUCUGUAAUUCGUUUCUAAGGCCAUGCUGUAGAAUGUUUUGAAUGGUUGAUUAAUUGAUUCACAUUAAUUUUACAUUCAUUUAUAACAUUUACAUUGUAACGAUCAACUAUAACUAUAA